UCAACACGCCUCGGCAGCAUGGCAUCGUUCACGCUCGCCUACAGACAUGCUGCAAUUUCAAGGACCCUCGCAGCUGGAACCCAUGGCUUCAUCGCAGCACGCCCGCCGCCCAGCCCAGCCUUUUUUGCAGCUUCCCGUGGAGCCUUCAAGUCAGCACUCCUUCCAUUGCGUGUCUCUGGCUUCUCCACGACCGGAACUCAACGAAAAGAGAAGGAAAAAUGGACACCCUGGUUCCAUGACCAGGCCAUGAAAGUGUGGGAGACAGAGUUUGAGAUGACAAGAAACACGAUCAAAGACCCGGAGAACCAAGAACGCGAGAUCGCGCUGAUCAGGCGGAGCGUGAAAUGAUGGGAAGCAGGAAUAACGGAGCGAUUCCAGAUGACACCAGCGGAGACGCUGUCAGCAGUGCGCAAACAUGCUUACUAUGUUAAGCUGUGUGCACAGCACUGGAGACAUAUCAACUGCUUCAGAAAGGUUCAUGUCGGAUUCAUUGUCGCGGCACCAUUCGCUAUGGUUGCUGUUGUCUACUACAUGUUAUCGAUCGCAUUCCGGAUAAUAGGAAUGUUGUUGUGAAUUGAGAUCUUCGAUUCGAAGUCCCCGCCACGGACAACAGUCAACAAGGUGAUCAGCACGCGACCUUCGGGACCAGAGGAGGGCAAGACAGACAACUUUCACGCCCGCGGUGGCAGCCACGGUUUGGAGGGAGCUCGAUCGUUACG